ACUCUCUCGUGUACUCUUCGAACACGCCGCCGUUUCACGGUGGCUCUCUUACCUGAGAACCAGCUGCUGGCUCUCGCGUAUCCAGCGGUGCUUACACACACACAGACAAACGUACGCACAUUUUCCGAUUACACAAUAACACGUCGAAGAAGACGUUCGUUACCAUCCCCGAAACAGUGUAAGUGACUUGUUACCCUCGAUGUCGACGUUGCAUCGGCGGUUGUUAUGAUGCCCUUCGACGUUUCGGACACGUGUGCGGUUUCCGGGUCGGUGUGUUUUUGUUGUUGUCAUCGGCGGUGCACCUCGACCUCGAGCACGGUCGCGACGAGGUUUGGGGGCGAGGGUGCGCAACCUGGGGGUGGCGGCCGCGCCUAAAACCACCGGGCGGCUAUGGAACGACUUGGCCGCCACAAUUUGAGUGAAUGACACAAUGGACGUAUUCAAAAUCGAUCAAUCUCUAAACGGUAAUUUAGGAAGUGCACCUUCACCAGAAAAAAUCGCGCCCCAGGUCACGUUCGACGCCGGAUCCGAGUUUAAUUUGAGUUUUUUCGACACCCCCGAGGAUAGUAGUACGCAGGGUUUUAGCGACCCAGGUUCAGUGGGUUCGACCUCGGCUAGUUCGCCACCGCCUCCUACAACACAACAACAACAGCAGCAGCAGCAGCAGCAACUUGCACCACUUCAUAUUUCUUUACCCGGUUCGAGCACACCCAGCUCUACAGCACCCUUGUUGAUCUCACCCCCAGGAACCUCACCCACGUCUAUUACUGUUAAGCAAGAACAGCAUUAUGUGGCCGCAGACUCAAAUACUUCAACCACCAAAUCGUUUGUUCCUUGUAAAGUAUGUGGCGACAAGGCAUCUGGAUAUCAUUACGGUGUAACGUCCUGUGAAGGCUGUAAGGGUUUCUUUAGGAGGAGCAUUCAAAAACAAAUCGAAUAUAGGUGUCUGCGUGAUGGUAAAUGCCUUGUAAUACGACUGAAUAGAAAUCGUUGCCAAUAUUGUCGGUUCAAGAAAUGCCUAGCUGUUGGAAUGUCUAGAGACUCUGUACGCUACGGACGCGUGCCUAAGCGAUCGCGAGAACGGAGUUCCGAAGACGGCAAUAAUCGAGUAUCGACAACUGACGCGGCCGAUCAAUCUCCAGACAUGGAGACCAAGCACCUCGCCGUCUACGAUGUCAUACUCACCGUGUCUCAGGCGCACCACGCCAACUGCGGUUAUACCGAGGAAAACACGCGGAACCUAGUCAGGAAGCCGCUCAUGUUUCCAUCGGGUAUCGGAAGUGACUCUUCCGAAAACGAUAAUGAGGUUGCAACGUCUACGGUGGACUCAGCGGAACAGCAAAAGUGUUGGUAUUUUCAACAGUUCGCAGCAAAUGUGACGCCCUGCGUUCAGAGGGUGGUCGAAUUUGCGAAGCGUGUUCCCGGUUUCUGUGAUCUUGGUCAAGAUGAUCAACUGAUACUCAUUAAAAUAGGUUUUUUCGAAGUGUGGCUCAGUCAUGUGUCGAAGCUAACGUCCAACACGUCGAUGAUGUUUGAUGAUGGCACAACGGUUACUAGGCAGCAACUCGAAAUCAUGUACGACACCGAUUUUGUAUCAGCUUUAAUCCAUUUCGCUAACACUUUCAACGCGCUUUCACUCAAUGAUACAGAACUGGGACUUUUUUCUGCGGUCAUCCUCCUUACGGCAGACAGGCCCGGCAUCACGGAUAUUAAAACGAUAGAACAUCACCAGGAUCGCCUUAUAGAAGCCCUCAAAGUACAAGUGGGAAGAAAUCAUGCGAGUGAGCCACAGUUGUUUUCCAAUUUGUUGGUCAAGUUGCCCGAACUUCGAAACUUAGGGGCUAAACACACGGCCCACCUCGAUUGGUUUCGUGUAAAUUGGACAAAGUUGACUUUACCGCCGUUAUUUGCCGAAAUAUUCGACAUUCCUAAGUGCGAAGACGAUCUACAGUGACAAGGUUUUUCGUUUUUCUUUUCUUUAGCAAAAGUGACCGAGAUGUUCGUAACACAAAAUACACACACACCCGGUUUAUUAACAUAUUAUAGUGUUGAUAAUGCUCCAGACAUUCUCAUCAUCAUAUGUAACAUUUUUGCUGUUUUGUUUUUCUUAACAGUGCAGUCGUUAAGUGGAUGUGGCUUCGUUUCCCUUAUUUUGUUUAGACGAAGACUUAACUUUGUCUACAAAUCGUUCUUCUGUUUUACAACGAAACACUCUGUACAUGGAAAAGUGUUGCUAAACAAGGAAGAAAUCAUCUCUAUCUGGUGCUCUAAGCGUUUGACAAAUUUCUAAUAUCGACAAUUUUAUGUUUGGAUUUUUGUGUAAAUGAUGUGUAUAAGUUAUUAGUAAUACCGUUUUUGUAUUUAUUGUUUGUACAAAACGUGAGUAUCAUAAUUAAGUGUUAUUGUUACGUUAUUUUUUAUCGGACAAGGGGGAAAUGUAAAAUUGGUGGAUGAGCCCUUCACGUAACAGUAUGUAUUUAUUUGUGUUUGAAUCUAUAGUUCAAUCCGUCCACCAAAAAAAAAAAAACAGUUACGGGACGCCUGGCAGAUGAGAAACAUCGAAAUUGAUUUUUAUUGAAGAAAUUGAAAAUGAAAGUAAACAAGUUUUUAUAUUUUGGCGACGCUCUUGUAUGCGUGUAAUAAAAGAAACGACAAUAGAUGUCAGAGAUGGAGAGAGUGCCAAAUCUUGGCGACUAGGUGGGCUGAAAUUAUCCGACGAGUCACGAGACUGACCGAAUAAUGCGUCGGUUUUCUUAGCAUAAUGUGUUGGCAGCCAGGCGGAAUUACCCGACGAGUCACGAAGCUGACGUGCAAGAGCGUCGUCCCGUCUUGCCACGCUUGACUCAGUUUUACCCUUUAGGAACAUCAACACAGGUACAGAGUAUUCUAUCAAAUAUAUUUAAGUAUUUUACUUUUUUAAAACACUACACACAUUUACAAUAGCCAAAAGAAAACAAUUUUUUAGAACCAACUUUUUAUUUUUAUCAGGUUUUAUAUACAUAUAUACAUACAUAAUUUCAAAAGUAGAAAUUGUGGAAUUAUCUAAAUAUUUUACUCGCUUUCGUCACACAAGU